CCGGGCUUCAGUUGCACCCUGCAAGCCAGGGGACGCCGUCGUUUAGUACAGCGCAUGCCGGCUGACGGCUCCUCCUGGAUUGGACUGAUACCGGGGCUGGAAGGGCAAACAUUUCAGUUAUCGUUUUUUGUGGUCGUCUUCUUACAGCAAAUAUAUAUUUUUAUUAAAACGACGCCGGUGUUGCGUGUGUAAAUUAAGGAUGCUGACCGAUAUGAUUGUGGAGGAAGAAUUCGAAAUCAAGGAAGAGGAGCCCUGGUAUGACAAGCGAGACCUUGAACACGAUCUGCACCUGGCAGCAGAGCUGGGGAAAACUCUUCUGGAUCGCAACAAAGAGCUGGAACAGGGCCUCCAGCAGAUGUACUCCACCAACCAAGAGCAACUACAGGAGAUAGAGUACCUGACCAAGCAGGUGGAGGUCCUCCGGCAGGUCAACGAGCAGCACGCCAAGGUGUACGAGCAGCUGGACGCGACCUCCAGGGACCUGGAGCAGACCAACCACCGGCUGGGCCUGGACAACCGCGGCGCCCAGCAGAAGAUCCAGAGACUGACGGAGACGGCGGAGGGGCUUCAGAGCCAGGCCGAGGAGCUGCAGCGGGAGCUGGAGGACGUGAAGAACAGCCCCCCCCAGCGGACCACGCCCCCCGGGGACCCCCGUAGCACCCACAGCGUGUCCUGCCUGCAGGAGCUGCAGAGCACCCUCAGGUACGACGAGCACGACGGCUCCUCAGACGACCUCCACGCCGCGUCGUCCAAGCUGGAGUGGCGCGAGGAGGAGCAAGCGUCGCUGCGCCGCUCCCUCCGGGCCCUCCAGACCCAGCUUGCCAAUGAGAGGGCUGGCAGGGAGGAGGCGGAGCGCGAGGCCGACGUGCUGGCCAAUGAGAACGCGGCGCUGGAGCGGCAGCUGGACUUGAUGGAGGGGUGCCGGGCCCAGCUCGCCGAGGUGGAGUGCGAGGCGGCGGAGCUGCGGCUGCUCUGGCGCACAGAGCGCUCCGCCCGCUCCGCCGGCCGCGGGAUGGGCCACGCCCACGCGGCCCCGCCCACCGCGCUGUUCCACAACCACGAGGACGAGGAAGACGAGGACCACGACGACGAGGACGACGAUGACGGGGGGGAUCUCGUGGUGGCGGCGGCGGCGGUGGCGGCGGGCAGCGGUACUCCCCAGAGGCCGGCGCCCACCGGCGCCUCCGCAAAGCGGGCCCGGGCGCGCCGCUCGGAGGCGGUGAAGUACCGCGGCAUCUCGCUGCUCAACGAGGUGGACGCGCAGUACAGCGCCCUGCAGGUGAAGUACGAGGAGCUGCUGCAGCGCUGUGGGGCUCCUCCCAGGGCCCCGGACGGCGAGGGCCACAGCCACAAGGCCAUCCAGACCGCCACCGCCCCCGCCGCCGCCGCCGCCCCCGCCACCGCCACCCCCGCCACCGCCACCCCCGCCGCCGCCGCCCCCGGUCGCCACGCCUCUUUGGGGGCCGCCUGCACGGACGAUAUCCAGCAGCCGGAGUACAAGGCGCUCUUCCAGGAGAUCUUCGACUGUAUUCAGAGAACCAAAGAGGACCUGAGUGGGGCCAGGGGGGCGUCCACACCCUGCUGCUGAUCUGCUUCUUAUUUUUCUUUGUUUUUUUACACGAUUGCUUAAAAAAAAUUAAUAUAAAAAAAAAAAUGUAAGCAUUGUGUACAGCCUGCGCUGAUGCACUCGGCCACACGGGGAGGUUACUAUUUAUUGUUAUUGACUCUUAUGCCAGCCCGGAGCUGGAACCUACUGUACGGUGAAAACAAAAAAGAAAAAAAGUCUGUGGGGCUCAGAAGUUGGAUGAGAGCGAUGCGGAGGGAAUCAAGACGGCGACACCAACUUAAUUGGGUGAUUUGUCUCGUGUUUUUUUUUGUUGCACAGAAACACCAGUGCCUAACGUCUUCCUGAUCGAACCAUCGCUCUACCUCAGCCUAUGAGCACUACUUGACGAACAGCCAAUAAGCUCCUUGGGAUAUUCUCUAGAGAGAAAAAAAAAAAACAGUCACUGAGCUGUAGCUUAUAAUUCUUGCUUCUUUGACAUACUUAGAAGCGAAACAUUUGACAUCCAUGGUGGCUGACUUUGUGGUGUACCUUUUGGCAGCAACUGAAGGUACAACUGCACACAUUGUGUCAGGUGCUUAAAUACCGUCUGAAUGUUUUUAAUAUUGCCAGAACGGAAUUACAGGAGAUUUAUGGUGCUCUAUUGAUUACAUUAACGGUACUCGUCGAGUCUUCCCGAAAUAGUGUUUAUAUUUGUUCAUAGGAUAAGCUCUGUCGACUGGAUUAUAGUGCACUAGGUGGAGCUUCUAAGGAAUCUAAAGUAUAAUCGUACGUACUUACUGUAAUGUCACUGGUCAUCCACAUAUCAAUUUCUAAUGCAGGCGACUUAAUUGUCUUCUAAUGUGGCCUGUUAAGCCUGCUUGGCGUAAUUGUAAUGCUGUAACAUAUUGGUGCACUUUCCUUCUUGACUUGUAUUUAAAAUCACCAUGAGAUGCACUUUAGAAUUGCACUGGGGAUUGUCCCUUCUACCAAUGCUUUAUCAUGGCGCUUGUGAUUCCCAUCGUUUGAAGUCACAUCAUGGACCUAUUUGUUCAACAGCAUUGAUGUCUAGUUUAAUUAUACAAUUAGUGAAUGUUUUUGAACGUUUCAUAACCUUGUCUGCUAUCGCUGAGAAAGUGUUUGCUGUAUGAAUGAACUUUAAGGUGAUGCUUGGAAAUCAAUAAAUGCUCAAUUCUCAUUUUA